AUGUCCAAUUCCACGACGGACUGGCGAGAACAACUCGCCGUCGGCUGCCAUGCCAAGGUUGAAGGACUUGGUACUUCCUAUGGCUACGUGCCGACCCUGGGAGCCGGCAUCGCCUACUGCACUCUUUUCGGCCUUUCGAUGAUUUUUCACACUGCCCAAUUCUGGUGGACACGAACGUGGUGGGCAUCGGUUUUCAGCAUCGGAUGUAUGGUCGAAGUACUCGGAUGGGCCGGUCGAACGUGGUCCUCGAAAUGUCCCUACAACACAACUGCGUUCCUGAUGCAGAUUUCCACUCUCAUUAUUGCACCCACAUUCUUUACCGCCGGCAUCUAUGUCAUCCUCGGCCGCUUCAUCCAACUCCUGGGUCGAGAAUCCUCCAUCCUCCGACCAAGCCUCUACCUCUGGAUCUUCUGCACCUGCGACGUAAUCUCACUUGUCGUCCAAGCCAUCGGUGGCGGCAUGGCUUCCUCAGAAGCAGGCAAAAUCAACGGCAACACAGCUCCCGGAACACACACCAUGGUCGCAGGCAUUGUCUUCCAGCUAUUUUCCAUUACCAUCUUCGUCAUUUGCGCAGCAGACUUCGUCCGUCGUAGUAUUCGACUCCGUCUCUUGCAGAACAUGAGCGGCUCCGCUAUCCCACUCUUUGGCGCGAUGAUCCUCUCUGUGCUCUGUAUCUAUAUUCGAAGUAUUUACCGUACCAUUGAGUUGUCGCAGGGUUGGUCGGGUUAUUUGAUUACCCAUGAAAGCUACUUUAUCGCGCUGGAUGGUGCGAUGAUGAUUGUUGCUGUUGCGGUCUUCAAUGUCCUGCAUCCUGGCUGGCAUCUUCCUAAGGAUGCGGCUGCUUCUUCGAAGAGGGAUGUUUCGUCCGUUGAUGAGGUCGAGCUGAAUCGUCCUGAUGGAUCUCGUGGUGUUUAG